AUGGAGAAAAUUACGAAGAAAUACCCUUAUCUACGCGGGCUUCCGAUCGAGUCAUAUGAAAAUGCCGAGCCGGGUAUUCUAAUAGGAGCCAAUUGUUGGAAACUUGCGGUGCCUAUCAAAACUCGUGAGGGACACUGGCUUGAGCCGAUCGCCACUAAGUGUCGCUUAGGUUGGACCUUGCAGGGAGGUACUACUAACCACUUUGACUCACAACUAUUGAAUAUUCACAUAUGUGACUGCGAAAAGAAAUACGAAAUCCUACACGAAGAGAUCAAGGAGUACUUCAGCCUAGAGAUGCCGCAAAAAAGAGAGCUCAUGUCCCCACAAGACUGUAGAGCGUUGCAAAUUCUAAAUUCAACGUGUGAAAAAAGAGAGGGCCGCUAUGAAGUGGGGUUGUUGUGGAAGCAUGACGACGCAAAGUUACCAGCUAGUUACGACAACGCCCUUAAACGCUUCAGAUGUAUGCAGAAAAAGUUAGCUAAGGACUCCAAUUUGCAACGUGACAUGCAGAAGCAAAUAGACAACUUAAUUAGCAAAGGUUACGCAAGAAGGUUAACUGCAGACGAAGUAAAUAGAUCAUACGACCACGAGUGGUACCUGCCGAUAUUUAUCACACUAAACCCCAACAAACCCGGCAAGUUACGCCUUGUGUGGGACGCUGCGGCCAAAUCUGAUGGAGCCGCUCUUAACGAUUUCCUUCUGUGCGGGCCAGAUCUACUCAAUUCGCUAGUCUUCGUAUUACUGGCUUUUAGAACUGGGCAGUUUGCUAUUUGUGGAGACAUUGCCGAAAUGUUCCACCAGAUUCGCGUAAGAGAAAUGGACAUGCACGCUCAGAGGUUCUUGUGGCACGAGAACUGUGAGGAGUUACAUAACCCUCACAUCUACGUUAUGCAAGCGCUUACCUUCGGCAUCAGCUGCGCACCUUGCAUUGCUCACUUUGUUCGAGAUGUAAAUGCAGAGCAAUACAAGCAAACAUCACCGCGAGCGGUAGAAGCAAUACAAAAGCAUCAUUACGUCGAUGACUUCAUCGACAGCGUCGAUACCGAAGAAGAAGCACUGGAACUGGCUCUGCAAGUGAAAGCAAUUCACGCUCAAGCUGGAUUCAACAUUCGUAACUGGGCAUCUAACUCAUCAGCUGUUCUGAGGCAACUUCCAGGGGAGUCCGUCGAAGAUCAAACUCCUAAGGACUUAAGCAAUGCAGAAAAAAUAUUAGGUUUGUUUUGGGAUCCAACUAACGAUGUUUUUAAGUUUAUUUGCAGGUUCUCCAAAAUGAGACGAGACAUCUUGCAAUGUAGCUUGGUCCCAACCAAAAGGGAAGUACUCCAGGUGUUGAUGUCCAUCUUCGACCCUCUCGGGUUUGUGGCACAUUACACCAUAGGUCUUAAAAUACUACUGCAGGAUGUAUGGCGAUCGGCCAUUAACUGGGAUGACCCACUCCCAGGUCCGCUUUACAACAAGUGGUGCCAGUGGAAGACGUUGUUGCCAGCAAUAACCUCUAUUACGAUUCCGCGAUGUUAUUCACAACUUCUAAAAGACUCCGAAUGCAACCAAAUCCACACCUUCGUAGAUGCCGGCGAGUAUGCUUACGCGGCAAUUUGCUAUUUGCGAGUGAAAAACAAAAACGGAGUCAACACUAUCAUCGUGGCCGCUAAGUCAAAAGUAGCACCGCUAAAGCCCGUAUCUAUCCCGAGGCUCGAACUACAAGCUGCAGUGACUGGCGUAAGAUUGGCGAACAAUGUGAUGAAGGCACUACAAUUUCCGAUUCAUGCUCGAUUCUGGUGGUCAGACUCAAAGACCGUGCUCAAAUGGCUCCGCAUGGAUCCGAGAAAUUUCAAACAGUAUGUAAUGCAUCGCGUGGGCGAGGUAUUGGAGGCGACCAACGCCACUGACUGGAAUUGGGUUCCCUCAAAAAUUAACCCUGCUGGCUUGGCAACGAAAUUCAGCCGGCAACAAAGUUCCGAUAUUUGGCUGCACGGGCCGAAAUUCUUAUCUUUCAACCAAACCGAUUGGCCGAAAUGCGACGACCUCGGACCAGUGGAGCAUACUGAACUCCGACAUUUUACCUUUCAUAUAACCAAAGGCGAAACCACACAACCUUUAAUCGAUGCUGAUACGUUCUCAAGCUGGCGUCGAUUAUACUUGACGAUGGCGAUGGUAAUAUUGUUCGUAGAAAAACUAAAAUCCAAGAUAAAGAAGGAGCAAAUACCUACCGGCGUAUGUGACAAGAUUAUCCACAGAGCUAAGAGCGCGCUCAUAAAAGAGGCACAGCAGAGUGGAUAUCGGCAAGAAGUUAUCAACCUCAAAUGCGGUAAGAGUAUUGAAAGCGAUAGCAAACUAAUCUCUUUAAAUGUCUAUUUAAGCGACGAAGGUAUACUCAGAUCACGGGGAAGAGCCGAAAGCUUAAGAACUGACGACUCUAUAAUCUUACCGACAAACAACUCAAUCACAGCUUUAAUAGUUCGACAUUACCACGAACGAAAUCAUCAUCAAUUUCAUGAAGCAGCCUUGAACUCGAUUCGCGAACAAUAUUAUAUUCCACGCCUACGAGUACUUUACCGCAAAAUACGAAGGUCAUGUCAACGCUGCAAGAACGAUGGCGCUAAGCCAAAUACUCAGCAAAUGGCUCCGCUACCAGCUGCACACGAAACGCUCAAAAGUGCCUUAUGUGAAGUAGAGCUUACAAUCAAUUCUCGACCACUCACAUUUGUAUAUCUCGACAGCGCAGACGACGAUGCGCUCACACCAAACCACCUGCUCCUCGGAUCUACCGACGGACACAAAUCAGUCUUCAACGAGGCAUCAAACCUACGACAGCAGUGGCACAAGACACAAGACUUCGCUAACAAGUUCUGGCAACGUUGGCUGCAGGAAUAUACUCCAAUCAUUCAACGUAGAGCCAAAUGGUUCAGCAAGCGGGCCUCAGUCGCAAUCGGAGACGUGGUUGUUGUUGUUGAUGAGACUCUGCCGCGAAAUUAUUGGCCGAAGGGUAUCAUCGUUGAUGUCGUAAAAGCAAAAGAUGAACAGGUGCGACGGGUAACUAUAAAAACGCAAAAGGGUCUAAUGCAAAGGCCCGCAACCAAGGUGGCAGUGUUGGAUGUCACCGGCAAUACUUAA